GGAAAACGAAACUCAAGUAAGCGGCGACGGUAAUAGUGGGCUAGAGGAAGAUGAAGUUGGUUUUGCGUUGUGUGCACUUGAUGGAGAUGUGUUCGAGCGCAGGUGACUUAACAUUUCUCUACUCGAGAAUGUAAAGGUUGCAUCUACAGCAGUAUUUGAGGCUGCGAGUACCAGCUGAAGGCAUUCAUGUAUGUGUGUUAUGGCUUGAAUCUGUAGAAAUGUCUAUGGUACAGUCUAGAGAUGCUCAGCUGCAGGCGUUCAUGCAGAUAUAUGAGCUGAGAGCUGCUUGUAACGUCUGCACUCAUAAACACUCUCGCAUUUCCUACUCCAUGAUUACAACACCUCACCGUUGCUCUCACAAUCUUCUACUAGCUAGAGUGAAGAGAGGUCAGAGAUGGAGCCCUGUGUCUAUGCGCCCCUCUUAUCCACAACCUAUUCGAUAUGAAGUGUGUUGGUAUUUUUUGGAGGAUGUCGGGUGCUAUGUGCAUCAUGACCGUUGCACCUUUGCCAGUAGCCAAGAAGAAGCUGCAGUGUGGAACUUACAAAAACACACAAACCUUGAUCACAAAAGAUUAAUUCAUCUGAUAACUCAGAGAAAACGACUGGACGAACAGAGCAGGCAAGAAGAUGGUCAGUCAAGCCCUCAUGAGCCUUCGUCAUACCAGGAGAAACUCCUGGAAGAGUACAGACGCAGCUGCAAUGAGAUUCUUAUUAUCUCUGAGCAGGUGGACGAUGUGUGUGUCACACAUGAUCAGGAUCUCAGUUUGGACUGUUUACAAGAAGACAGUGAAAUCCGGUGGAAAUUCACAAUCACUACUGAGAGGUCCUUGGCUCAUGUGGCUCUGCUGAAAGCAGAAAAUGGUGCUGUUUUCUCUUUGAGUGACAGUUUAAAAAACAUUCCCCCUAUCACACACACUGCAGGCCACCACCUUCACUCCUCUCACUCCACCUACCAGCUGAGUGUGUCGUUCCUGUCGUUCCGCCCCGGUGUGUACGAGCAGUGGUUGGUAUUUGAUUUCGACAUACGUCCAGUUCUGCUCAGAAAACUUAAAGUGAGAGUCGGGCAGCAAUUCCAUGUCCAGCCAAAUGAGGCAGAAGAGAACGAAUGUGCUGAGAUUUUUUCGGAUGAGCGCUGGAACAGAGGAAACAGGGUUAUCGUACCCUUCUUUGCCAGAAGGCAGGACGACGAGCAGUUACUUAGUAAAUACAAACCACCCCAGAUUAACCUGCAGUUCAGUCUCUAUGCAGAUCACAGUUCUCCACUUCAUCGGGACAAUUACAGAGAGAGAGCUCACCACUUCCUGUUCACAGAGGAGACUGCAGAGGAAGAGCUCAUUAGCAGGUUAAACAUUUGUGGGAGAGUGUUUCUCUCUGACCAGUUGAGAGAUGGCAAGUUUUUUGCUGAUGCAGGGAAGCUUAUUGCUACUCUGGAGGUUCCUUGCUCUCUCACACUAGAUUGUCCUGAAGGACUGAUACUUAAACAAGGGGUGCAGAUGGCUUUGGUGAACUGCAUACCAGCAAAAGCCAGUGUGUCAGUAGAGCACAGAAACAAUGUGUAUGAGGCAUUUGUGCUCAAACAGGCCAUUGGCGAGUAUCACAUCAGUCUUCAUCUGUCUGCUCAGUGUGUGUCUGAGCUACAGCUGAGAAAAGAAACCUGGUGUAAAAUGGAGGUUCAGUUUCAGCUGGAUAGACUGUCAUUCUGUCAGAUACACCAGGCUAUUGACCAACUACCAGACUUGCACAAUGUUCUUCCUGAUUUCAGUAACUGUUGUGUCCCUGAGAACAUAACCAAAGAGCCUGAAUUGAACAACAAGCAGCAAAUUGCUCUGAACUUCAUCCUUGGCAAGUGCGAGGCCAGCAAAAUGGCUCCUCCCCUGCUGAUAUACGGGCCAUUUGGCACCGGGAAGACGCUCUGUCUUGCUUCAGCAGCCAAAAAACUGGCCCUUCGUUCUCAAAACAAAGUGCUCAUCUGUACAUGUACUAACAGUUCUGCAGAUAUAUAUGUAAGAGAGCACUUCCAUCCACACAUUACAAAUGGACACCCAAACCUCAAAAUACUCAGGAUAAAGGCAAACCGAGGUGGGGUAUCUAUCAAGGCAACCGAUGACAUCACUCUGAAAUACUGUCUUUGCUCUCCAGAUAGACAGUCCUUCAUCCGCCCAGCACGCUCUGAUCUAGAGUCACAUCGUAUUAUUAUAACCACCACUUCAAUGGCACGGCGUUUGUGUGAGCUGAAGCUUCCUAAAGGCUUCUUCAGUCAUAUCCUGAUUGAUGAGGCAUCUCAGAUGCUGGAGGGUGAGGCGCUCAUGGCUUUGGGCUUAGCAGACAAGCAUACUCGAGUGGUUUUAGCAGGAGACCACAUGCAGAUGGCUCCAAAACUUUUCUCUGUAACCGAUGACAAACGAUCUGAACACACACUGCUGUAUCGUCUCUUCCGCUACUACCAGGAUCAGAGCAGCAGCAUUGCCAAGAACAGCAGAGUAAUCUUUAACGAGAACUACCGCUCCACUGCAGUGAUAGUGGACUUUGUAUCGACUCACUUCUAUGUGAGUGAUGGGAUCAAGGCCAAAGGAGGGGUCCCUCCCCACCCAAGGCUACACCCCCUGAUUUUUCAGCAUGUCAAAGGAGAAUGCCAUCUGAAUUCCAGCUCCAUGGUCAAAUCCAUGUCCUGGUUCAAUGUUGCUGAGGUCAGCAGUGUGGUCAACAUGGUGCAAGAACUUCUGACUGACUGGCCAGUGGAAUGGGGUCAUAAACAGCCAAAGCAAAUCUGUGUUCUUAGCGAAGGCCAACAGCUUGAGAUCAUCAAAAAUCAUCUCCAGCAGAAAGGAGUUCAUGGAGUGUCCGUUCAAAAUCUAGCAAACAUUCAAGGGGAACAGUUCAGGGUCAUCAUCAUAACAACAGUUCAGACCAGAGACAGAUUUCUUCAAUCAGAGUCAAGCUGCCCAGUGUUUUUUGAUGACAUUCGUGCAUUGAACACUGCCUUGACCAGAGCCCAAUCACUGGUGAUUGUAGUUGGAGAUGCUGGUGCUCUUUGUUGUUUUGGAAAGUGCUCAAAAAUCUGGAGGUCCUACAUAGAACACUGCAUCAGCAAGGGCAGCGUUAAACCAGAUAAUCUGACCAGAGACGUCCUACAACAGGAAGUAUUGGAAAUUUCAAAAUUUCAGAAGACAGAAAAGGUAGAAAUGCCUGAGAAUUAUGUCCCUCUCCAGGCUGAAGCUGAUGCUAUAUUGAAAGAGAUGGAUGACUAUGAUUCUGAUGUGCAGGACUCAGAUGAAUCAAAUGAACAAAAGACCUUUUUCUUCUCUUCUGAAAAAGAAAAUCUCUUGGAGCUGGUCAGAAAACAGCCUGCUAUCUACAAGCAUGGAGAAUUGGUGAUGAAGGGACCCCAGUCAGGUUAUUUAGUACCCUAUGACAAUCCAUCUGAGCACAUUAAUAUUAAAGGGAGGAAAAACAUUGGCUUGUCUUUCCAUGGGGAUGAAGUUGUGGUUGAGACUGGACAAGAUGAUGAUGGCUCUUUUACAGGGAAAGUUUUAGGUUUCACAAAUAGACAACCAACAUCUUCUGAAUUUGUUUGUUUUUUAGAGGAUGAAAAUUACCACAGACGGAGGAAAAACACUGACAAAAACUUGUUGCCAAAAAUUUUGAUACCUCUAAACCAAAACACCACCAAAAUAUGUAUCUUGGUUAGGAAACAUGCUCGCAAUUUUAUUCCAGUAUGGAAGUAUGGUGAUGGCAGUUGGACAAUAAGAACUUUUCGUGUCGAUGAAGAAACAAAACAGAACUAUGUUUUUGUUGUUCAGAUUUUGGGCUGGAAAGAACACUGUUUGUUUCCGCUAGGCAGAGUUACUGAUAUUCUACCAGUUGGGACAUCUUUAGAGCAGGGACUUGAGAUUUUAAAAUCAGAAUUCAAACUAACACCUCCUCCCAGAUGCAAGAGAUUUCCAGAGAUGAAAGAUGAUGGAACUGAUGACAAGAAAAGAACAGAUUUUACAGGUUUGAAAACCUUUACUGUUGAUCCACCCAGAGCUGGAGACUUAGAUGAUGCCAUUAGUGUCAAUGAUCUGGGAAGCAGUUAUGAAAUAGGGGUUCAUGUUGCAGAUGUGGCUAGUUUUGUGUCUAAGGACAGUUCCCUUGAUAGCUUUGCAAAAGAAAUGGGAGCAACUUUUUAUGGUCCUGGGAAAGAACCUACAUUCAUGUUCCCAAAACAUCUUGCCACCUUUUGGAGUCUUCUAUCAGGUGAAGAUCGCAAAGCCAUUUCAUUAAUGGUCAGAGUUGAUAAGCAAUCAGGCAUUAUCUCAGAAAGGAGCUUUUACCUCUCUAAGGUCAAAUCUAAAAUGAAGCUGACUUACAAGGAGGCUGAGGAUAUAAUAAGUCAGUGUGACGGUGAGCUAAGAUUUGAUUCUUUGGAGAACUGUGUCAGGGUGGCUUACCGUUUUGCCCGAAGCCAGCGCAAAGCAAGACUUAAAGAAGACUGGAACUAUGCCCAACCUGAUAAACACCGGAAGCCAGGGGAGAGAGAAGCAAAUCUAAUGGUUGAAGAGCUAAACAUAAUGUUUAACCAUGAAGUGUCAAAAUUUUUGACAGAACAGACAGACACUAAACUCUGCACUCCUCUGAGGUGUCAGGCUCCACCUUUGGCAGAACAAUUAGAGAUGAUCAGUGAUCGACAUAUGGAAGUCAUUCCUUUAUCCUCACACCUAACAUUUCAUAUUGACAGAAAUCGAGUGGACCUGAAUAACACAGUCACCUUCACUGUGUAUUCUCCAGGGUCUAGAGAUAUUCACCCUAACAAUAAUCCUUACCUAGAUGCUAACUCAAGCCACCUACGAGAUGCCAUCUCUGUCAGUGACUCUGAAUAUCAUUUUGAAAUCGGAGUUCACAAAGCAGAUUUUUUUAGCUAUAUGUCUGAGGACAACAUUCAGAACUUGGGUGCACAAUCACAGAUGUGGAGUUUGACACCAGGGAAAACUCGUCGCGCUAUCUCUUUAAUUCUGAAAGUGGAAAAGGAAAAAGGCCAACUAAUGGAGCAAAAAUUGGUGCUUUCCCGCAUAAAGUCAAGCAGGGCAUUUUCCUACAGUGAAACCAACAGGAUCAUCAGCCAGCCAGGUAAAAAUAUGAUGAAGUGUGAUUCUCUAGAAGGCUGCAUCCUUGUGGCUUAUCAUUUUGCUCUUAAUCACAAGAAAAAUAGACUCUCUGGACAUGUGGACAGUUCCAGUCCUUCUGAUCCCAGAUCACCAGAAGACAGCAAGUGCAGAUUAAUGAUGGAGGAGCUGAAGCUGAUGUUUAAAAGAGCUAGUGAAUCAGCUGAUUGAUCAAGAAGCUCCAUUUCCAAAUACAUUUAACUUCCAGUUACAGCUUCACCUGAACUGGUGAGGAGACUGAAGAGAGACAAUGAGGAGCAUGGUUCUCUCCAUGCAUUUGAGGAAUGUCUAGAUUCUUAUUGUGGGCAGAACUAUGGCAGUUUCAUCAUUCUGAAAUCUGUGUGGCAAAGGAUCGAAUCAGCAGCUUUGACAUCUGACUUUUACAGAAUGGCUGAUCUGAUUUCUACAGAUGACAUUUAUCCACAGUUGGCUCCAGCAAUUCUCCAAUUAAGGGCUAGUAUCAAUAAGGCUUUCUUUGUUCGUUCUCUCUCCUGCAGUGACGCUUUACUUGGGCACUAUUCAUUGCACGUGGACUCCUACACACAUGCAUCUUCACCCAUUCGCAGAUACAUAGAUGUGGUUCUUCAGAGGCUCAUGCAUGCAGUUCUCAGUGAUCGUCCUGUUGAGUACUCUCAAGUAGACAUUGAUCUGCUGUGUGACAAGUCUAAAAGAGAUCAAAUGAGGGCACAAGAGUAUGAGAGCAAAGCAGAGUCACUCCAUCUCGCCAUCAGUCUAUUCAAACAAAGCACAUACAAGGUGGCUUUUGUCACUGUUGUAUGCCCAGACAGUGAAAGUUUCAAAUUAUCAUUUCCGUUUGACAAAGGAACUUUCCCUGAUAAGCUUCCUGUUAAGUACAGUAAUUUACAACUUGAGGAUCAACCAAUAUUUGACAAAAAACAGAAACAAGUGACACUGAGGUGGAAAAAGCGGAUUUACUCAUUGAGCAUGAACCAGACACCAAUGCAGAACUUGAAAUCCUGUUCAGAGAUACAGCAAAGCACAUGGCACGCCAUUAUUGAGGCAGUACGAGACGAACAGUGGGAACAGGCAAAGUCUCUUAUAUCGGCAACAGUUGUGAGAGAUCACAGUGAGACUAGUGAUAUGCAUGAUACAUGUCAGUUGGAUCCUGAUCGCAGUUUUCUGUCUGAAGAGGAUCAUUAUACUGACUUCACACUCUAUUUGAAAACUGGAGAUACUAUGCAGGUCCAGCUGACCUCAGAAAGGGACAGGGGCUACUGGGCACCAACUAUACAGUUAUUAAGUCCGAGCUCAAGCUUUGAGAUCUGCAUGGAACACACUGACAAUCCCAUUAAGUGCUUUUCCAAACUUGCAAACUGCCCAUCCAAAGGUCACUAUAAGGAUGUAGAUGAAUAUGUGCAGAUAUGGAAGCCUCUCUGUGAAAUGGAGUCUGCUGCUACUGCUGUGGAUGAUAGUGAUUGUGUUGUGAUUGAAAAUGUGGACAUAACUUGGACUUCAUCCUUUGAUGGUUCCAGACUCUCUGGAACUUUCUCUUUGCCUGUAAAAAAUGUCAAGCAAUGGGCCAUUGAAUUUGACCUGGCCAAGUGUUUGCUCUGUAUCCGAAAGAAAGUUUUGAAGCAGAACCAAGCAGAUCAGUCAGCGCUGGAUCCAGAAUACUUUACUUGGGUGGCCCAUGGUUUGACAACCCAGUGUUUUGAUCCUCCAGAAAACACUGUGGAUAAGUCCAAAAUUAUUAAAUUUAGCAUAAAAUAUGCAUCCAUGAAGAUUCCAAAAUUCAAGAGGAAUGCCACAUUCACGGAGAUGAUUCCAAAACUCAUUCCAGACAUACGGAAAGAAAGUGCAGUGAAUAAUUUACCAUCAGCUAAUGAACUUGUUAAGAACAUUGCACUAAGACACCGGAUUCCAAAAGAAAGUAUGCAUUAAAUUCAUAAUCUGUGUCUGUAUGUGCUUAUGAGACAGAAACCACCAGCAGAUCUGCCUCAACUGAAUGAUAGCCAGUUUAAAGCUUUGGAACAAGCUCUGAAUAACAAAUUCACCCUCAUUCAAGGGCCUCCAGGAACAGGAAAGACAGUUGUAGGAGCAUACAUAGUGUACUGGUUCUCACAGCUGAACUCUAAGAAUCCUUGGAAGCUGAAGGAGCCAAAAGACAAAGACAAGAGAGAGGUUAUUCUUUACUGUGGACCCUCAAACAAGUCUGUGGAUGUAGUUGCAGAAUACCUGCUUAAGUUUGGAAAUAAGCUGAAGCAAUUACGUGUAUACAACAGACAGAUGGAAAUGCAGGAGUAUCCCUACCCUGGCAGUUACCUACAGUUAUCACACAAAUCACUGCGCCAAGAGCAGUCUAAACCUGAGCUCAGGGAAAUAACACUUCAUCACAGAAUUCGAAUGAGUCAUAACCCUUAUUCUCAAACAAUAUGUGACUUUGAUGAAAGAAUUGCUCAUGACCCUCAUUCACUGACAGAUGCAGAUAUAGAAGAAUAUAAGAAGCUGCUAAAUUCUGCACGUUUGCAUGAACUGGAAAGGCAUGAUAUUAUUCUAUGCACCUGCACGGCUGCUGCCUCUCCCAACCUCACCAAGACACUCAGUGCACGACAAAUCCUCAUCGAUGAGUGUGCCAUGGCAACAGAACCCCAGACACUUGUCCCUUUAGUCAGCUUCAAACCUGAGAAGGUUGUGCUGUUGGGGGAUCACAAGCAGUUGCGUCCGAUCGGGAAGAUUGCACAUGCGCGGAGACUGGGCAUGACACGCUCUCUGUUUGAAUGUUACAUGGAUAGAGCACUACUGCUUGACACUCAGUACAGAAUGCAUGAAGAGAUCUGUAAAUUCCCAUCAGAAGCAUACUACCAGGGUAAGCUGAAAACUAUUGUGCCUGAACGGACCAGCAUGCUGCAUGUUGAGACUGAGAGAAUGAGACAAAGCAAACACAUUCUGUUUGGAGAUAUACGUGGUGAAGAAAUCAGUUUGGUUGUUUCAACUGCAAGAGGGAAUGAGAACUCAAAAGCCAACACUGAAGAGGUUGAGAAAGCUGUUCAGAUUUGUUAUCAGCUGGUAUCGGUGGGCCGCGUGAGGCAGGAGGACAUUGCCGUUCUGUCACCAUACAACGCACAGGUGGCCCUGAUAAGAGACAAACUGAAAAAUUCCACUGACCCCCUGAUGAAGACAAUCACAGUCACCACCAUUACAAAGAGCCAAGGUAGUGAGUGGCGCUAUGUGAUUCUGUCGAUGGUGCGCUCCAGCAGUGAGAUUGAAGAUAUGCCUUCAAGAGAAUGGCUCUCUAAACACAUUGGCUUUGUGGGUGAUGAAAAUCAGAUCAAUGUGGGCAUCACAAGAGCCCAGGAUGGGCUAUGCAUUCUGGGCAAUCAGAAGGUACUAAACUGCAGCCCAGCAUGGAAGAAGCUACUGAAACAUUAUUUAGGUCAAGGCUGUGUGGUCUCUGCAGACCAGAUUACAGUACACAACAUCCGUUAAAUCAGAUUUGAAAAUUGGAUUGAUCUUGAAGCAUUUUACAGUCAGUGUAAAUAUCUGUUUGUUUAAGGAUAUGUUUUUAACCAUACAUUCCAAAUGUCUAGUAUCAUUCAACCACAUGUUUUAUCUUUAUUUUUUACAUAUUUUAAUAUGACCCAGUUAACCAGUCCUUUGC